CUGAAAUCGAGCGUUGCCACUCAUCUGUAGAAAAGCAUGUCUAGGCGAAUACAUCCAUCUGGAGGAGCUAUUCGGUUGAGAGAAGCGGUUGAAAAAAAUUGUUUUCACUUCCGGUGACCCAACACCUGCCUGCAUUAUUUUGAAAAUUCUGUUUCUUCUGUCACCCUGACAGCGCAAUCUCGUAAAUGUCGCCGUCAACACCGAGAACUCCUUGGAGAACUCCUUGGAGUUCUCGUUGAUGCGAAGGUAGCUUGCAGAAGCGUGAUCAGCGAGUUACCUUCAUUGGCCGCGAGUGACGGAAGUGCGAGCGAAAGAUGUUUUUCUUCACCAACACGGAUAAUACGAGGUCCUUCUUUUCCCAGUCAAACAGCAUAGGCAUCAUCCCGUGCGGGAACAGAAGCUCCUUCCAGACAGCUGCAGCUAUGGCAGUACAUCCAGGCUGAUCUGCACAAUUGAAGGCCCCUCUCGCACUUUUCGGAAGUUUACCAUCUUCUCGUCACAACAGCUCAGAGGUAUUCUGGGCAGAGAAACUGCCUCUGAGGAAAGGUCGAAGAACCCCUCGUUUGCCGUCUCUGCCACCACGUCUGAUCCGAGUCAUGAUUCUGUCACUUUUGUAUCAUUCCUUGCCACAUGCGCUUUCGCGUGUAUUCGCCUGUCAGCGGCACAGAAUAUGCGAAUGAACUGUCUUCGAUUUCCGUCUUUGCUUCAGCAUGCCUAUCCUUGUGCGAAAUGUCUUCGGACUUUCGCCGAAUUGCUCCUUGGUUUCCUGUCGGUCUACUCUAGAGAAUGCACUGCCGAGGAGCACGCCGAAUCCUCCGUUCUUUGAAGUCCAGCAGAAGUGCAUGCAUCACUCGUCACAGCUCCAACGCUUCUAUACGAACCGGUACUACAAGAAGGAGUGCCCGCGUUGCUCAAGGCCUAACAUCGUGCCCGUCCGCCGGUGUGGUUACUGCGAUUUGCUGCUGACAGAUUUGGACAUUCGACUUGUCGGUCGAGAUGUAUUCCGUGAACUUGUGGCCUCGCGGACACCCAAUCACACCCAGAGAAAUGACUUAACUUCUCUCGUACGAGAUCAGGAGCUCGGAGACUACGGUGCGAGCGUGAUUGUCUCUAGACAACUGGCUACUACUGGAGAGGGAGGAGCGAAAGCAGCUUCUGGUUCGCGGAAUGUGCCUGCGGAGAUCCACAGAUGUUUUGACUUCUUGGUGGCAACUCAUCCGUAUCCUAUUAGCGCGUUGCAUUUGUCUGCCAUCCCAAAGGGAACUAUGUACGAUAUCAAACAACUUCGGCGAGCACACAUUCCCUUGCUCAAACGAAUGCAACAAUGUGUCACGCCAUUAGCAGUGGAACUUAUCGAUGGAAUGUGUCAAGGCAGAGGCAGCUGUACUAACAGGAUGUGGACAGCAGAUCGUAAAGUUACCGACAGUGCUGCUGCUCAGAGCCAGGCAGGCGAGGCAGUUGCCCCACUUAAGGCCGGGGGAGAUGAUAUGUCACAGUCGGUCAACUCGAUUUCCCCGGAUAAAGACUCGCGAAUCCAAAAAGGGAGAAAGUCGACUAAUUCACAAGCCAAGGAGCUGAUGGAACAGUCAGUCAUUUUCGGUUUCACCUAUCCAUGCGGAUUCCUCCAGUUAAACAUGCAUGCCAUCGUCCCGCCCAUAAGAACCUUCAACAUCUUCGAAGCGCCGUACUUUUACCCGCUGAAAAAGGUGCUGCAAGAUCUGCAAAAUUUCGGGGCGGUUCAACCUUACGAGCAACAUCGUGGUUCAGGCAGGUUCGGAUGUGACGCCAUUCUAAAAGAGGUCAGAGAGGUUGACGCAGCUGUGAGGCGUGCCCUACAAUACGGUGCUCCCAGGAAUUAAAAACAGUGUGAGAACAAAGAAUACGAGUUGCUUGUUAGCAAACAGUGGAUAGGGGUGGCCCGACCGCCUCCUCGUCUCCUGGCAUCUUUCGAUGCGAAUUUUGGGCAUGUAAAUUCUACAAAUAGUAUUUACCAGAUCAUGCCGGAUUUUUCUUUAUCUGCAGCGUGUUCAAAAAACAACUCUGCAACCAAGCUCCGUUGUUCCCGAUUUGUAACAGCUGUUAUGAGUGUUCACGAUGCUACGUUCCCACUUGCAGACGCUGUGAAUUUUUUUCCCGAAACUGCCACAAAUAGCAGCCCCGGACGAGCUUAACCAUCUGUCGACACCUUCGUCUUAAACACGGAAGGAACCCUUUCCCGA